AUGCAACAGGUAUCCCAUCGGCAGCACAAAUCACCAGACUGUCAUCUUCCAAAGCCAGCCGAUACCUUGCAUCCUUGUCGCUUUCACAAAACUAUGCUUACAUUGCUAUUUGGGACAUGAGCACGGUGCCGAAUCCAUCUUUAUCGUCACCGGGCACUUCUGAACCAUCCAAAAAAAUCGCCACUGCCGUUAUUCAUCAUCGUGGAAUUGGUCAGCUGUCGAUCGGACUUUCUCUCUCAACGACUGGAGAUCUCGUUGCGGUCUAUCAGGAACCGAAGAUUGGUCAGUGGGUGGAUGAUUCGAAAGCGGAGAAGCCGACAUUUCCUUUCAAAUUGUUCAGUAAUCCACUGGGUCCUCAACCAGAUGUCACAGUGGACAUAGACACACCACGUUCGUCUCCAACAGUCAUCGAGCUACAAGAAUUUCACUAUGGGAACGAGAUUCCCACUGCAUUCAUCGGUUAUGGUGCAUUCUUGCCAGAGACAACCAGAAACGAAUUAGGAAUCAAGGAUGCACCAACACCGUCUGUUGAAGAAAUUAAUUUGGACGCAGAAGAGAAUCUGGAGGGUGAUAGGAACAAGGCCCACAUAUCUGCGUCUAGUUCCAUGUUUGUAGCCUGCAAUGGCCUGUACCUGGAUGUCUUCAAGAUCUCACCUGACAAGAAGUGGAUCCGCGCACACACCAUUACCUUGACGGACCUUUUGCCAACGCUUUCUAGACGUAUCACCUGCAAGAUGAUGAUGGACACCAUCAGCAGCAACACAUUCAUGUGGUUGGAGGAUGGCGGACGCAGCUGCACUAUCUGGAACCUUUUAACAGGAUCCAACAUCACUCACAUUUCCAGCAUCGAGAACGCCAGGUUCAAAGGAGCGACUUUCCGGGGACACCGCAAAAUGGCAUUUUCUCCUGACGAAACUAUUGUCGCGCUAGCAAGUGUCGAUGGAAGUCUCGCAACAUACUUUACAGAUACAGGCGUGUCCAUCGAUGACAGGACUUUCCCUGGGUGCAAAAUCGAAUACGUUGGCUUCUACGGUCAUGAAAAUCAUCUCUUUCUCAUUCUACGCGACAGUGUCACAUUUGCACUUAGUACGAUGAUUUUGGAUCCACUCCGGCUGAAGUGCGAGAUAUCUGUCAAUCAAGUCCCUAUUCCUACUAUCGGCUCGACCAUCCUAGCGUUCUUCAAUGUCAAAGGCUUCCGGAAGAGAGGCAUCAUUUGCGAGGCAGAUGGCACCAAGAUCAAUUGCUAUAUUUCUCACUGGUUUACAAAGCCCAAGGUUAACAAGAGCAACAACAAAAAGGUCCGGCGACGCGAUCCCAACGUCAUGAAAUAUCAAAGUCGUACUGAUGGAAACAUUUGGUACCGACUCAAGACUGGAAUACACAGAGAGUUGCUAUUUGGGGGCGAAGGAGUGGCAUACUGGGUCCUACGUGUCGAGCUUCUGGAGGAGAAUCAAAGGAUGAAAACGAAAAAAGUAAUGUUUUCAUUCGUGCCGGAGCCCUGGAUUAGGCCCAUCACCGCCGAAGUUGUCCAUCCGGAAAACCUUCUAACGGCAUAUUUCAUUCCAGGGGGAGCUCGUUUUGCUGUGAUUGGAAUGCAGUCGCUUCAAAUUUGGAAUCUGCCGUCGUCCAAGAAUGUCAAGUGCAGCUUGCAGUUCUUUUGGAGUCAUCCGAAAGACGAGGCGGGACUUAAGUCCGAGAGCGUUAGGGACUACUACGUGGAGCCAUCUAAGAUGCGCAUUUUUCUGGAUAACGAGACCGGCAACGCAAUUGCGGCGAGAAUCAAGUUGAACGACAAGACCAAGUUGGACGAUAAGGCCAAGUUAGACGAUAAGUCUAAGUUGGACGAUAAGCCCAAGUUGGACGACAAGACCAAGUUGGACGACAAGACCAAGUUGGACGACAAGACCAAGUUGGACGACAAGACUAAGUUGGACGAUAAGCCCAAGUUGGACGACAAGACUAAGUUGGACGAUAAGCCCAAGUUGGACGACAAGACCAAGUUGGACGAUAAGACCAAGUUGGACGACAAGACCAAGUUGGACGACAAGACCAAGUUGGACGACAAGACCAAGUUGGACGACAAGACCAAGUUGGACGACAAGACCAAGUUGGACGACAAGACCAAGUUGGACGACAAGACCAAGUUGGACGACAAGACUAAGAAGGAAACAGUGCCUAUCCCUGAUGCGCUGGGGAACGAGACCCACCACACCUUCCAUUAUUGUUUUCGGAGCAUUCAUCUGUUAGCAGCCGCCUACGCCUUUUCCAUCCGUGAGGGCAAAAAGGCCCUGAUAAGAGGUUCUCCACUGCUGACGUUUACGUUUGAGGACCAUGCCGAAGCCAUUGUCCGAUUCGCCCUCGAAUACAUCAAUCAUGUUUUAACUGACAAGGACUACACACUACAGAAAGGAGGGCUUCAGCAGGCCAAUACGACAAGACACAGGGAAUCAGAGACCGUCAUUGACAUUAAGUCUAUUGACGGCAGGAAAUCAAGUGGAAACAAAGCUACCGGCCCUGAGGUGGUGACACUGCUCACGCUUCUUCUGAACCAUGACUAUCUGUUCAGCGAGAACAAUGUCUUCGUUGAGGCUCUCUUGUCUUCUGCUAACUGUGAAUGGAUCCCCAGGUCUAACAAGGCACUGAACCCGAUCAAGCGCGUAAUCGAAACCAAGAACACACAGUUGCUCGACGCUUUUAUUGAGUACUGCAUCAAGAACGCCAAACAGUAUCACCCUGCAUACUUGAUGCCAGCGGUCCAAUGUCUGAAGGAGCUCUCAGAGCGGUACCCCGCUGUCCUGGUGGACUUGUUCAGGAAAGCCUCAUACAUCCCCGCCCGCAACCAUGAAUACGUUGCCUCGCACGCCAUCGUUGCCAAUCUGCGCUAUCCAGAUUGGUUGAAUGUCUUAAUCGAGCUUUGCACCAAUGGAUUCUUCAAAGGGACGUACUUCGAGAAAUCAAACAACAUCAACGAUUACGAGAGACCAGUCUUUUGCUUGCGGUCGCAGCUUCCGGUCCGAACGAGGACUUUUUUGAACAUCAAGAGUAUCGAGACCUCAAUUCGAGAGACACGCCUUGUGGAUUUCCUUCUCAAACGGCUUCCCAAACGGCUUCCCAAACGGAACAUCGUCGAGGAUGAGGAGCAGACGAGUCCAAAAUACUCACACCAGAUCUACGUAUGUCCAUUCCCCAAACUAUCUUCGUACGAACGUUACCUCUCAUGGUACGAGAGCGACGGAACGGAAUCAAUGUCAGCAUUUACGAUGAUCGCAGGAAAGGAGUUUUUCGACAGUCCGGCUAUGGAGGCCACUCUAAGCUUCAAAUGGAGCAAAUUUGGUUUCAUGUACUGGUUCAUCGGUUUCCUGGUAGAUGUCAUGUUCUUUGCCUUCAUCACAGCCAUCACCGCACAGCAGCCGUGGGAAGCUGCCUGAUUCUUCGAGACACUAGACGCUUGUUGAAGGAUUGGCGCCUGUUAAAGGAUUGGCGCGAGUUAAGAGAUUGGCUCCAACACACUAGCGCCUCAUACCUCUGCAUGCGUUUUGUGGCCCAUAUUCUCCCUAUUAUUGGGUGUUCCUCGAUCCUGAAAGCACACCCAAGCUCAGAGGCUACGGAUCCUGGUCCCAGUCAAAUCUGGGUGAUGAGCUU